AUGAAACUAUCGACUUCAGCCAAAAAGUGUCCAAGUCAUUUGUCUCGAAAGGAGACUCGGUGAGUUCCGUUCGGAUUAAGACUGUUGUAUGACUACGUGCGAUAUGAUUCAGAAGAGAAGUGAAACCAGAGUUGAGCGGAAUCGAUUUUUUGAAAGGCGGAAUUAAAUUUUUUUGGCGGAAGGCGAAAAGACGCGGCAUAGACACGGCCGUUACUCCUCCGAUUCAUGAAUCAGAAGAGUGUUUCAGUGAGUUAGCAGAGAAUUUUAUAACUCGUAGAUGAGAAUUUCAGAUUUUGAGGAUGGUGUCUCCUACAUCGCCUGCAUUUUCACUUAUAACAACGUGUCUUUUUUCAGUUAUGAACGUGACGAAGACUAUACAAUCACUGAUCUCUAA